AUGCGAGUUCUUGGGAAAGGAAUCGUCCACGACCUCACCUGCCCGUACACUCCGCAGCAGAACGGCAUGGCGGAGGAGAUGCGCACGGUCGUCGAGGCCGUGCGGACGAUGUUGCUGCACAUGUGCAUGCAACACUACUGGUGGCACCUCGCCCUGCGGCAGGCCGUCUGGGUGCGCAACUGCUUGGAGCGAUCGACGCUGCCGCCGGGGACAACGCCGCACCAGCUGCUGACUGGCAAGAAGCCCAACCUCACGCUAGUGCGCGUGUGGGGCUGCAUGGUGCAGUUCAUGAUCCCCGAGCAGCAGCGUGGAGGGAAGCUGGCGCCGAAGGCCCGGUGGGGGCUCCAUCUUGGUGUGUCGCCGGAAAGCAAGGGAUGGGAAGUGCUCGACCUGACCGACAACAAGAUGGUCACGACGGUCGAGGCCAUCUUCUACGAGACGCUGUCGCUGGAGGUGUGGAAGGUGACGCAUUGGCCGGCGUCGGGACGGACGCGGACCCACUCGCCGACGGACUCCUCGACGGCGGCGUUCCCACUGCUCGCCGAAGUUGACGAGCCUGUUGACGAGGGCGUCGAUGACGUCCAUCCUACCCCUCCUCCUCUUGCUCCUACUGUGUCACCCCUUAUCACCUUGCAUGAGCCGACAACGUCGUCGGCCACCGGCGAUGAGGGGAGCCUUGGGACGUCGCAUGUGGCGACGAUCAGUGUCAUCGCCGGCGUCCGACGUGACGUCAAGCUCGUCAACGAGGGUGCAAAGCCGUCGCCGACAGGGGAGCAGCGGGCGGAGGAGAUGCCGUUUACAGGGGAGCUGUCGAUGAAGGGGGCGUCCGCAGAGGAGCCGCCGACAGGAAAGCAGCUCGACGAUUCGUCGAGCGAUGUUGUGGAGGUUGUUGGUGAACCCGACAACGAUGAAGGAGAGUUGUCCGCAGGGGAGCAGUCCAGCGACAGCGACAUGGUGGAAGUCGAAGCCGACGAGCCAAAACUGAGACGUUCCACUCGCUCCAACUUUGGCAAGCCUAGCGAGAAGCUGAGCUACCACGUUUGCCUACCGCCGACCUCCUAUAGCACGUUGCUCGACGAUGCGCAGGCCGACGUCGAACUGCCCAAGCUCGACCCCGACAUGCACGCCGACCCUGAACACCGAUGGGACAUUGCGACGAUGACGUACCAUGUCGAUGACACGGUCGCCCGCGAGAAGGCGCGCUUGGUCGUGAAGGGCUUCACGCAGGUGUACGGCGCCGACUACGAUGAGACGUACGCGCCGGUCGGGAGCUACGUCACGCUGCGUAUCUUCCUCAGCAUCGUCGCCGUCCUCGACAUGCACCUGAUGCAGCUCGACAUGAAGAACGCAUUCCUGCAGAGCAAGCUCAACCGCAUGCUCUACAUGUACCAGCCUGACUACUGCGACGACGGGACCGGCCAGGUGUGCAAGCUGCUGAAGAGCUUGUACGGGCUGAAGCAGUCGCCGCUGCUGUGGUACUCGGCUCUCGACACGGUGCUGACCGGCGCUGGCUGGAGCAAGAGCCAGGUCGACGAGGCUCUCUACUUCAAGGUCGCCGACUGGGUGCUCGUCUACGUCGACGACUUGCUCGCCGCCAGCAGCAGCACCGCGAUGUUGAGGGAGCUGAAGGAGCUGCUGGAGGCCGCUUUUGAGCUGCGCGAGAUCAGCCCGGUCGAGAAGUAUCUCGGGCUGGAGAUCGUGCGCGACCGACCUGCGCGGAAGUUGUGUCUUCACCAGCAGGCCUUCGUCGACAAGCUGCGUAGGCAUUUCAUCAACGAGGAGCAGACCGGGCGGAUCCCGAAGACGCCGGUCUCCGUCACCGCCUACGCCGAGCUGAUGUUCGACAACGAGGAUGCUCAGUCGCGCGAGGAGGAGGAAUACCGGCAGAAGCAAGAUGGGGAGCGGCCUGACGGUGCGGAGCGACAACCAUUGGCGCGAGGUCGACCGCUGCCUGCGCUACUUCGCCGACACCUGUGA